CGCGGGGCGCAGAGCGGCUGACGCGGGGCGCCGCCGGGGACUCGGCCUGGGGGGGCGGACGGCGCGCGGGGGCGGCGGCGCGGCGGGCCCGGGGGCGACGCAGGGGCCGGCGGGGCGGGCGAGUCCACGGCGCGGCGCCCCCCGCGGCCCCCCCCCCCCCCCCAAGCGACUGCGGAGAAUGAGCGCCCCGGGCCGCCGAGCGCCGCCGGAGCAGAAGCCCCGAGGAGCUCGGGCAGAUCCCGCGCGCGACCAUGUCGGUGGCCUUCGCGUCCGCCCGGCCGCGCGGCAAAGGGGAGGUCACGCAGCAAACCAUCCAGAAGAUGCUGGACGAGAACCACCACCUGAUCCAGUGUAUCCUGGACUACCAGAGCAAGGGCAAGACGGCCGAGUGCACCCAGAUCCCGCUCACGACUCAGGCCGGGUGCUGUUCCCUGCCCGGCCCUGUGCUAGAGCACAGAGCGCUGUGUUGCCUGCCCCGUCCCCGAAGGUACCAGCAGAUCCUGCACCGGAACCUGGUCUACCUGGCCACGAUCGCGGAUUCUAACCAGAACAUGCAGUCUCUGCUGCCUGCCCCGCCCACCCAGAACAUGAACCUGGGCCCCGGAGCGCUGUCCCAGAGCGGCUCCAGCCAGGGCCUGCACUCCCAGGGCAGCCUCAGUGAUGCCAUCGGCACAGGCCUGCCCCCGUCCUCCCUCAUGCAGGGCCAGAUCGGCAACGGUCCGAACCACGUGUCCAUGCAGCAGACGGCGCAGAGCACGCUGCCCACCACCUCCAUGAGUAUGUCGGGCAGCGGCCACGGCACGGGGCCCGGCUACAGCCACUCGGGACCCGCCUCGCAGAGCGUGCCCCUGCAGGGCCAGGGCGCCAUCGGCAACUACGUGUCCCGGGCCAACAUCAACAUGCAGUCCAACCCAGUGUCCAUGAUGCACCAGCAGGCGGCCUCGUCCCACUACAACUCGGCGCAGGGCGGGAGCCAGCACUACCAGGGCCAGUCGUCCAUCGCCAUGAUGAGCCAGAGCGGGCAGGGGAGCAGCAUGAUGGGUCAGCGGCCCCUGGCGCCCUACCGGCCCUCCCAGCAAGGCUCGUCCCAGCAGUACCUGGGCCAGGAGGAGUACUACGGAGGCGAGCAGUACGGACACGGCCAGGCCGCCUCAGAGCCCAUGAGCCAGCAGUACUACCCUGACGGACACGGAGACUAUGCCUACCAGCAGUCGUACACGGAGCAGAGCUACGACCGGUCCUUCGAGGAGUCCACGCAGCACUACUACGAGGGCGGUGGUUCCUGUGUCGCGCUUGGUCGUGCCUUCCGUUAUGACCACAGGAAACUCGCCACCCGAGACCACCGAGGCGGUCCCCUCAUCCACACGGUCGCCCCAAGCGCUGUUCUGCAGCGGAAGCUCAGCUGCUUCUCUUCGCUUCCAGUUGAAGGCGGGUGUGAGUGAGCGUUCUCGGGGCGCACCACACGCCCCUCACCUUGGACGUUUCCAAGACGCACGCUGGCCCAGCGACAGCUCUGCGGGCUCCUGACCGUGGCGGCUGGCCCGUGUCACUGGCACGGGUAUGGGAGGGUGGAGGGAUCGCGGGCUGACGGGGGAACAGAUGGGCCCACACCGGGCAGUCGCGCCCACGCAGCCUCGCCGGGAGGCACUUGGACAGGGUGCUGGAGGGGGAGCCCCUCGCAGCGGGAGACCCGCCGAGAGGCCGCAGCCAGAGGCCACACUGCAGACGGGGGUCCCGGGGAGAGGGUUCCUGUGCCCAGCAGCACGGCUCCGGGCCAGGGGCCGACAGCUGUGGAGCACUGACCUGCCUCCAGGCAGCAGCUGCUGGUGACACUUCCCAGGGUACGCCAGCUGGUGGGCUCUACACGGCUAAAACUCUGCGUGUUUGCGCCAUUAUAGAAACAACUCGACGCGUAAAAAGUCGAGUUUGGCGCACUCAGGUGUCUGCGCCGCUGGGUCUCCGCCUGCCGGGAAGAGGUGAGCUCCCGGGGCCACCUGGGGCUCAUCCCUGCAUGCGCUCCUCCGCUAGCACUGGGGCCUGUCCGCAGAGGCCGCAGCCGUGGGCCCUCCGUCCGCCUCCCGGGACGCCGGCGCUCAGCCCUCUCCACUGGGGGGGCCCUCUGCUCACCGCCAGCUCUGCGGCGUCCCGGUGAGAGUGCUCAGGAAAGAACCUUCCGGCAGAAACGACUGCUCCAAAGACAAGUUCAGGACGUGCCGCUCAGCCUUUGGAACUUCGAAGUGCACAUUUUUAUACCCUUACGUUUGGCUCACGCGUUCUCGCCUCCCAUAACCCGCGGAACGUUUGCUAAAACGGUCACUUUUUUUAAGGCAGGUGUGGCAGACGGAAUGGUUUCCUCCUGAAUCUGGAAGCGUUUUGUUCCGUCUCGUUAACUGGACCUCGACCCGGCACUACCCGCACUUGUGUCACAGGGCCCAGGUCACCCCACGGUGGGUGGCAGUGCCGGGUGUGGUGUGAGAGGCAGGCGGUGUUCUGCUCUGAGGAGACUGGAUGUGCGUGAGUGGCCCGUGGCCCCGUGCAGGCGGAGGGCACCGAGUGGAAGCAAUGAGGGGGUAGGUUGAAGCCAAAAUAAAGAGUCUUCCAGUCAUUACGUUAUUCCACGGUGUGAUGGGGAGCCUUGUGGGGCGCGGCAGCUGGUCCUGGGGUUCACAGGAGGUGGCAUGGGACAGGAGCCCCGGGUGGUCCCGUAGAAUGAGAGGGCGCUAACGUGCAGAGGGCUGGUUCCAGGCCAAGCGGGAUGAGGGGAUGUGGGACCCGCCAAGCCAGGUGGACACAGCGCCAUCAGGGCCCCCGCCGAGCAGUCCACGGAAGCCUCGAAGUCCUGCUGCACCCUGUCACUGAGAUCUGCACUGGCGGAGAACAGACAGAGCCGGGGUCUGUGGCCCUGUGACCGGUCCAUGUGUCUGUUAAACAGUGUCUGUUAAAGGAAGCAAAGCCUCUGUGGCUGCCGUGGUGGAAAAUCCGGGUGGUGCCGGGUGCUCAGGCCGGGUGCUGAGGACCAGGGUGUCUGGGGUGCCGCCUUCUGCGGGACACGGUACGCGUUUGCACACGCACACACACCCCACGGACAAACUCUGGAAAGACGGUCAGGACACUGAUAGAAGUGGCUGUGAGGGGACCGGGUGGGGACCGGGCAGGCUGCGGGUGGCCUUUUUCCCUGAACCUCUUGAAGGUGGGCUGGCUUCGUGUUCACAUUUGUGGAUCUCGCGAACGUAUCUGCCUGUGCGGAAGGUAAAUUUACAAAUAUUAAAUGUUACUAUCUCCGAAAAUCAAAGCAGCCCGACCCUGUGGCCGUCCAGACCCAUCGCACCCCUGGUCCCAUGGUCAUGGCGCUGUUAUCCUGGGUGUCCUCAGGGUCUUGCCCCGAGGAGACCCGGAGUGGCCCAUGCGUGUCCCCGAGGCACACCCUUGCUCCCUGGUGUUUGUUGUUGUUUUUAAUGUUUAUUUAUUUUUGAGACAGCAUGAAUAGGGGAGGGUCAGAGAGAGGGAGACACAGAAUCGGAAGCAGGCUCCGGGCUCCGAGCUGUCAGCACAGAGCCUGACGUGGGGCUCGAACUCAGGGACCGCGAGAUCAUGACCUGAGCCGAGGUCGGGCGCUUAACCGACUGAGCCACCCAGGCGCCCCUGCUCCGUAGUUUUUAUAGACUGCGUCACUGAGCUGAUGGGUCACUGGUUCCUAGUGGUGGUUUUGUGUCCAUGACGCUCAGCCAGGCCCCUUUCCUACUGGGCUUGACUCCGGUGGAGGGAAGGUUUUCCGGGCGUGGGAGGGCGGAUGUGUGCUUCCCAGAGGCGUCCCUGCUAAUGUUUGUGGCGCACCUACUGGGUGCCAGGCCGCAGCCAGAUAGCCUGUGAGUGAGCUCCUCCGUUACCAUCCAGUAAGAAGGGGCUGUGAGGCUGAGGUAUGCAGACUGAGCAAAAACUUCAAGCCCCGAGGAGGACCCGCCGUGUCUCAGAUGUGCUUCCAGGGUGAGCGAGGCGAGGUGUGGAGCCCGCCACGUCCCGCCCCACGUCCUGCCCUGCAUCUGCCCCGUGGCUGCAUGCCCACCCGUGGCUGUCCAGCCUGCCGGCCUCAGGGAAGGAGCUGUCAGAGCAGAUGCGGUGGGUUUGCAGGGCCCCUGUAGGGGGGACUCGCCCUGGGGUUGGAGCACGCUGCUUUGGUGGCUGCUGUUGACGUCCCCGCGGACAGUUUUACGCCCUCGCGGGGUGAAUUGGCUCUCGGUAAAGCUGCUGCUUAGAAAAAUACGCCACCAGGAUCUGGUUUUCAAAUACUUGUAUUUUACGGCUCCUAGAAAAGGAAAACUUACUUUUAAUUGGGAAAAUAAAGUAGAAAAAAAGAUUUGACAAAUACGGGUUUUCAUAAUCUGGCCUCUGUUUUCUUCUUUCUGGGACAUGUUUUGCUUAUAAAGAAAAGAACAGGCAACUACAGUAGUCCCUCCCUCCCCCCACCCACAGUCUCCCUGCUGUCUCAGUGACGGGGCCCCUCGAGGGAAGCAGAGGAUCCCCUCCCUGACGCUCGGUCUGUUUCAUCGUUACCGUUAAUCUCCCAUUGUGCCGAGUUCAUAAACUGCACUUGGGGUGUGUGUCGAGGAAAACGCUUGGGGUGUGUAGAGCUUGGCGCCCCCACGCCUUCGGGCUUCCACGGGGGUCUUGGAGCGGGGUCCCCACGGGUAGGUGGGGGCUGCCACAUCCUCUCCGGGCCAGCCAUUCGUCUGCUGGCAGGUGUCGCUGGCGAGUGAGGACCGGGGUCUCCUGAGCCCCCGCUGCAGACUCAGGACCGAACGCACUAUGAAGGCUGCACGCUCUGCGUGGUUUUGAAGAGCGAAGCCCUAACUCAAAAGAACACGACAGAACCACGCUUAUGCUGGUCUUUUUAUAAAAGCGUUCGGAGACCCGUGAAUGGAAUUUCGUCUCCAGCCUGAAUCUGAACGGGCAGCUCUGGAGACCCUGCAGUGGGAAGGCUCUAGGAAGAUUUCCAUCUAACUCUCAGCCCACGUCUGGCGAGGCGCUCACUGGGACCCUCGCUUUUCUCGCUGCAAGCUUCCUUCUGAAACGAGGCUUUUAGCGUGGACACUGCCUGGUGAGAUCUUGAAAAUGAGAGUUAAGGCAUUUUCUCUGAAAAACAGAAAAAGUGGAUCUGAAAUAGUGCUUGGACUUUACCAACGUGAAGAUAAAAACAUACAGGCCGGCUCGGUCGGGGGAGCGUGCAGCUCAUGAUCUCGGGGCGGUGACUUCGAGCCCCACAUCGGGCGUAGAUUACUUAAAUAAGUAAACGUUUAAAAAUAUAUAGGUA